AGCUGCUAGGCGUGAAUGGGGAGAGCGGGGGAGAGGCUUCGAUCUAUAAAUAAGGCAAAACCUGGUUUGUCUGGUAUCUCGCUCACAAGUCACAAUGCUGAAGUGGAGUAAAAGAAGGGCUCAUCAAUUCUUCUACUUGGCUCUCUUCUCACUAUUCGUUCUCUUCUCUCUUCUUCACAAUCAAAGCGCCAGUAGGCUCCAUGGUGGAAUGCAGAAGGAAGACUCUGCUACACGCUCUUCGUUUCCUACCUAUCUGACCACCAACUCAUCUAUCCAUAAAUCAUCGAGGGUUUUAGGUGAUUCGGAGUGGGCUAAGGCAUGCGGUUCUUCUCGGAGUUAUAAGAGAAAGCUAAGACGCUCGACGAGAUACCAACAGCCAAGGAGGAACCGACAGGAAAAAUGUGAUAUUUUUGCUGGCAGAUGGGUUUACGACACUGUCUCCUAUCCAUUGUACGAUGAGGGUGGUUGUCCAUAUAUGUCUGAUCAAUUAGCUUGCACAAAGCACGGUCGGCCAGAUGUGGAAUACCAGAGAAUGCGAUGGCAGCCCCAUGGAUGCAACUUGAAGAG